GGCAAGAUGAAUUUGGAGAAGUACUUCAAAAGAAUUGGUUUCCAUGGCUCAUAUGAAAACCCGGAUCUUGCAACACUGAAGCUGAUCCAUAAACAACAUGUCUUGUCUAUUCCGUUUGAAAACCUCAGCAUUCACUGUGGUGAGAAGAUCAUCAUGGACCUUGAAGUCAUUUUCAAUAAGAUAGUGAGGAGCAGUCGUGGGGGUUGGUGCCUUGAGAACAACUUCCUGUUCAGCUGGGUGCUGAGAGAAAUGGGCUACAACACUACGACCUUGGAUGCCAGAGUUUUCAACAAUACCCUCAAUGACUUUGGUCCUCUUGAUACUCAUCUCGUCAACAAGGUUAUCAUUGAUGGAAAGGCUUACAUAACAGAUGUAAGCUUUGGGGUGUCUUCCCAAGUGUGGGAGCCCCUGGAGCUCAUCUCUGGAAAGGACCAACCUCAGGCAGCGGGGAUCUUUCGUCUCAUAGAUAAGGGGGGCAUCUGGGUGCUGGAGAAGACUGGUAGAAAGCCAGAGGUCGUCAAUCCAGAGUUUGCUGAAUCAAGUCUGGUAAACAGGAAGGAAACGCAGCAGAUCUACUGCUUCACCUUGGUGCCUCGGGAACCAGAUCAUUUCUUUGAGAUAAACCACACACUUCAGACAGAUCCUAAUUCGCUGUUCACCAAUAAGUCCAUCUGCUCUUUGCAAACACCCACAGGGUUCAGAGCCCUGAUUGGCUGGACCUACAGUGAGGUCACCUACAAACCUGAGGAAGGUGUUGAUGUCUUAGACAUGAGAGACAUACCAGAUGAUGAGAUAGAACAAAUUCUGAGGGAAAAGUUCCGUGUAAAGCUGCAGAAGAAACUAAAGUCUGUAAACAAUAAGGUAUGCUACACAAUCUGA